CUCUCGCUUUCUUCAAUACCUCUGUAUUUCUCACAGAGGCCCUCUUUUCUUUAAGCUUCAAUCACUGAUUCUUCUCUUUCUGCCCAUUUCUUGGUUUUGAGAAUUUCGCUUUUGGGUUCUCGAUUUUCUCUACCUUUGGAAAGAUUUGGACGUUGGAAUCUUGGGAAAUCUACAUUGCUCAUAAAUGGUUCUUCUAGUUGCAAUGGAGUAUGAGACCAGAUUCAGACAGGCCCAGAGACCAAAAUACGACUGCCUUCUAUUUGAUUUAGAUGAUACACUCUAUCCUCGUAGUAAUGGCGUUGGUAAUGCAUGUGACCAGAAUGUCAAAGACUUUCUGGUGGAGAAGCUUGGCAUAGAGCAAAGCAAAGUUAACGAGUUAGGCUUUCUAUUGUACAAAAACUAUGGAACCACUAUGGCUGGUCUUAAGGCAAUUGGAUAUGACUUUGACUAUGAUGAAUAUCACAGUUUUGUCCAUGGGAGAUUACCUUAUGAGAACUUGAAACCAGACCCAGUUCUGAGGAACCUCUUGCUGAGCCUACCAUAUCGGAAACUAAUCUUCACAAACGCUGACAAGGUCCAUGCAGUGAAGGCGCUUAGCAGGCUUGGAUUAGAAGACUGCUUUGAAGGAAUCAUAUGCUUUGAGACACUCAAUCCCCCCAACAAGAGCACAGUUUCUGAUGAUUCAGAUGAUGAAACUGUGCAUAUGGGUUCAAGUUCUGAGAUCUUUGACAUUAUAGGUCAUUUUGCUCAACCCAAUCCCAGAACAGAGUUGCCCAAAACACCAGUUAUUUGCAAGCCAUCAGAAUUUGCCAUUGAAUUGGCCCUCAAAAUAGCCAACCUUGACCCACAAAGAACUCUGUUCUUUGAGGAUAGUGUCAGGAACAUCCAAGCUGGGAAACGUGUGGGGCUCCACACAGUGAGGGUUGGGACCUCUCAGAGAGUCCAUGGUGCAGAUUAUGCCUUAGAAAGUAUACAUAAUCUGAAGGAGGCUGUGCCUGAGCUUUGGGAUUCUGAGAUUAAAUCUGAUGUAGCUUACCCUAGCAAGCUUGCUGUGGAGACUUCUGUGACUGCUUGACUUGAGACUAUGUUUAGUGGUGAAAAAUAAAAUUUAAGAAUAAUUUAAAAAUAAUAAAUAAAGGGAAUAAUCAAAUAGGUUUAGCCAAUGUCCACCCUCCAAAAAAAAAAAAAAAGGUUUAGCCUUGUUAUUGGGGAUUCCCCGUCUCAAGUUGUAGCAACUGUAGCUGAUGUAGGUACUUUUGUCUGAUCAAAAUAAUUAAUAAAAUUGAUGUGAAAUUAUGAAUCCUUUGUGUCAUUUUCUUGUGUA